ACCGCGAGAGAAUUAUUCAGCCUAAUCGUCUGCCUUCGUUUUGGGGGGGUUUUUCGCGGUUUCAGUCUUCUUCCCAUGGCGCCUUCAUCUCCGUCUAGCUCAGCCCCUGAAUUUCAAAUGCCCAAAAAGCCACUCAGUUUAUUCGCCAAUGCACUAAAACGCAAGGAUAGCUUCAUUCAGUUCUUCGCCAUGACUGGUAUUUUGCUUCUAAGCGUCCGAUCCUUGGGUCAGAAGUACCGUAUCCACGACCUUCAAGAGGACACUACGGCUCUCAAACAAGAACAGGAAACCCUAAUGGACCGUAUGAAGAACAUCAAGCGCAGCCUCCUUCACGAGGCAUCCCUUGACUCCACUGGCCUCUUCGCAUCCAGGCUUCGCCUUCUCUUCAGCCAAGAAGACUGACUGCUUUAAGUCUUCAAUCUGUGAGUUUGUAGUCUCGGUCGUUAUUUUACUUCCUUCAUGCUUGUGUACUCAACUCACUCGAUUUUGAAAUUUCCCCUGCAUUUUCUUGUUUUGGUUUGUAGCCUUCCAGAAUGCUUGGCAGCGCCUUUCUUUUUAUUUUGGUAAUAAAGAGGUCAAUUUAAUCUUUGAUU